AUGGCCUCUUCAACCUUCAUGUGCUUAUUCCUUUUGGCUCUUGGGGCUACCACAGUCCUCGCUCAGGCUCCUGGUCCGGCACCUACUCAGUCGCCUCCUUCACCAGCCUCUGCACCAGCGCCCAAGGCUCCGACUCCAACUCCAGCUUCUCCGCCAAAGACAGUAACUCCGGCAACGUCUCCUUCUCCAGCGGUUGGACCACCGACAGAAGCUCCGCCACCAGCGACUACACCAACAACUCCUCCAACUGUAGCUCCGCCACCACCGACUACACCUACAAGUCCUCCAACUGUACCUCCAUCUCCACCUUCUCCAAUUUCCGUUCCUCCCAGUGAAUCUCCAGUGUCUCCCCCAAGCACUGCCGCUUUAAACAGAGUCGCUAUCGCUGGAUAUCUAGGCGGUGUGAUCGCUACUGUUGCUUUGUUAAUUUAG